UUCUGAGCAGUUCUGCGCGAAUCGUCGGUCAAGGAGGAGGUGUUGGUGUGCUGAGGUGUUCGAGAUUUUGAUUAAGUGAAUCUGCAACAGUGUCCUAAGUUGCUACCCGGCCGGCUUUUUGUUCGAAAAUUUGUGCAAUUAGUAUAAUCAACUGCAAUUGGAAAGGUGUUUGUGCCGUUACAAGAAGUUCGUUCUGUCUGCAGGGGGUAGACCAUAGAACGGUAUCGAAAUCUCAUCAUAGUUGGUGCGCUGAGUGUGGCUUGUGCAGUUUGUGGAGUGAGCUGUUGGAUGCUGCUGGGAAGCAUCGAUUAGAAGCCGGAAAGAACCUUCCACCCAGGAAAUAUCUGCAACGGCGAGAGCCCCCGUCGGGUCAGGAGGAGGAGAGAAAUUUGCCAUUCGUUAAUUUUCUGUACAAAAGCUACUACUGAGGCGGUGCUAAAAGCAAUCGUUCGUCAUGGAAUUUCGAUUCGAUUUGCAUCCAAUAUUCAAUCAAUCGAUAAUUAAAGUAAAUUCAAAUCUCUUGCCAGUUGGGUUUCGAGGAGACAGGCGGUUAGCAUUGGAUACAGCUACGAAAAUGGCAGAAAUUAUAAAUGAAAUGGGAUCAGCGUCGGCGAGAGCGCAAGGUUUAAGUAAUCCAGUGACGACCGCCCAAAAAUUAAGAAUGACGGAUCAAAAUAUAUAUUUACUAGGCGAUCCGAAUCAGGGACGCAAUGGUGCUGUUGUUGGCCUAUUGAAAGUAGGUAAAAAGUCCCUGUACGUAUUCGACCAAAAUGGUCAAACACAAAUGGUUAAUGCGCCAUGUGUACUUGAUUUCUAUGUUCACGAGUCGCGGCAAAGAUCCGGAUUAGGGCGAAAUUUGUUCGAUACAAUGCUUCAACAAGAAGAUUUUGUACCACAGAAGCUAGCCGUUGAUAGGCCAUCCGAUAAAUUACUCGGAUUUCUUCGUAAACAUUAUGGUCUGCAGAAAACCAUUCCGCAAAUGAAUAAUUUCGUUGUUUAUGAUGGUUUCUUUGAGAAACCGAAACCACAAGAAAAUAAUGUUACAAAUCAUGAUGGUCGCAUGCACAUUACUGCAAGUCCUAACACAGCGUUAUUUGGCCCGCAAUUUAUUAAUGACGAACAGAAUAAGAGGUCAAAGGCUCAACAGAAUGCAUCAAAUACUAGUAUACCACUAAUACAAAAUUCACCAGUUGGACGAUACGCUGCUCCCAGACCGAUGUGCAGUAUGGCUGAGUGUCUUUCGACCGAAGAAGUCGAUCCCAGUAUGAAUCGAUUGAAUCCCUCAGCGUCGGGUCUCAACAAGCAGACCCCUUCGAAUGUUGGAAUAAACAUAACAAACUCUGUAAAUACAAAUGCUAAUUUGCAUAGACCAAGUUCUUCCAAUAUAAUGGCUAAUAACACAAAUAAUCCGGCGUUAAAUAAUAUUCCAAGAUCUAGUCCGUCAACCACUUCCAUGAAUAGACCUAGUUCUUCAAAUACUGGAUUGAAUAAACCUGCACCAUCAAAUACAUUGAUCAAUCGUGAGAGAGCGGCAGGUCUUCCGUCACAGAAUUAUAAUCAACAUGGUGAUGCGCCAACUUCACUGAACGAACUAUCACCGCAAACUCAAACUCCUAUGCAAGCGCCUACCCAAGGUGUAACGCAAGUCCCAAUGCAAGGUUUAGUGCAAGCCCAAAUCCAGGGGCCAAAUAAAGUUCCAUCUCAAAUAAACAUGGACGUCAACCCAGCAGAACCGAUCGGAAAGACAAAUUUGGCCACUCAAGAAGGAAAGGUGCAAUCCGAGCAACCAAUAUAUACGGAAGCCCCGAAUGAUGUACUACAGGAAGUGUGUCCUCAUUGUGCUACAACAUUCCCAUCUCGUAGCUCUACAAUGAAAAUUGUUACUUCGAAGGUGUCACUUUCUAAUCAACAAGCCAAUGUGGUGAAUAAUCAAGCAAAUGAUGCGAUAAUUCAUAAUACUGCGACACCAGCAACUGGAGAGCCCAACAGCACAUCAGAAAUCCCAUCGGCAACUGAGCCAUACCAUGCCGUCAUUAAUGAGACAGUUAACGUAAACACAGUCAAUGUUAAUAUUGAAAAUCUUCAACUUAGCGAACACGAGGACAAUGAAGAGCAUGAACAUGAUGUUGAGGAGAAACAAGAAGAACACCAAGAGCAGCACCAUGAGGACCUGACCAAUGGUCACGACCACAAAGAGAAAGAAGUAAAAAUCGAUCCCAUCCAACGCUUCAUCGAAGAACAAGUGGUCGAACCAAUUGUUGAAGCGGUGCAUAUCCAGAAACCGACAUCCUUUCCCUUGUCCAAGCAGCAUACUGGUCUGAAAAACAUCUCAUACAACGUGAGUCUCGCCGUUUCACCCACAAACAAAAUGGAGUUCAUUCAAAAGGGGCCCAACGAUUCGAAGCAUGACCAUCCUGACGAGGAAAAGCCUGCUGGCCUGCCAUCGCAUGAAAAUAUCGAUGAGGAAUCGGCAACGUCCUCACCGGGAUCCGGUGGAGCGUUCACCGAUCAAGGAUACUUUGAUCUGAAAUUUUAUCACAAUAAACUUUGGUAGACGAACGCAUUGUGAUUAUAGUUUAUGCUCCAAUCCGACAUGUUGAUGAUAUUAUAUAUUGAAAAAUAGAGGAUCAAUGUAAACAUGAGAAGCCAAAGAACAAUUAAAUGAAUAGACACACUGUAAGCCGACACACGUUUCCUAACAUUAUAUUGCCAUCGUUAACACCAAGUGUUUUCAUUAGAGUUAAGAAAACAAACUUGAGCUUUGCAGCGAAUGUUUUGAUUUUUUGCUGAUUAUGGAAGUUCAUAUUAAAAAAAGAUUUAAAAAAUAGUAAUAUUGAGCUGAUCCACAUGGAUUUUUUUCGGAAUUAUAGAGAUAAACUAACGAUUUUUUGAUUUUUUGUUAAAGGGUGUGACCCUCAAAGAACUUUAGGAGCGGCAGCAUAGAGUGUUAACCCCCUUAAACAGCUAACACACAGCACUGUAACUAAGUGAUAUUAUGCAUACAGAGGGGCAGACAAUGAACAACUUUGGUUUCAAAUUUCAGAGGCAAGUGAACGGUAUAUUAAAGGAGGACUAAUUGUAAAUAGAGUCCAUAGGCCAGACUUUCCGAUCUACAACAAAAGUCGCGAGGAUGAUGGCUUUUUGGGUCUCAAUAUAUGAUUUGACUUUACAUUGAGCGUCUUCAGCGCUUUUCGUGUCUCGCGGGACUAAUUUCUGCCCAUUUCCCCGCGUGAACAUUGUGAAAUAUGACUCGCAGGGAAGGUUCUAAUCUACAACAGCACGUUAAAAUCACUCCUGGAAUUUAUUUUAUAUUGCUUAUCUUCUCACUUUUCCUGCGCUUCAAUUUACCUCUGACUGCAAUAUUCCUUUUAUGAAAUUGUGGACUUCGAUGAUUGCGUUGAAGACGUCGUUUAGUCGCCUCCUUACAUCCAUACACCUCACAACGGAAAACAAAGUGCUCUGGGUCCUCGUGUGUACCGAUGCACUCAAGAUAGUUGGGCGACUGCCACUUAAAAAACUGCAUUCGACCCAUUUCUGAAUACAAACAAAUCCACGUCAUGCCCUCCUAUAUGCCUCCCACACCCCCAAUCCCGAGAUGUCUUAAUAUCUAAUCUCACCAUUGCAUACCAGUCACCAACGGAUAUCGUUUUUUUCAGCCAAACCCAUGAUCAUUAAUGGGAGUAGCUUGCUGUAUAUCACCCUGCCUAACAUCUUCUCUUUCGGGAUUCAUCAGUGUAUUCGAAGAAGUGGUACUGGCAAUGUUAAGGGCCUACCGAUGGUUGGAACAUAACCCGAGCCCCAAGUGUAACAUAUUUAUUCUUACCGACAGCCAAAAGCAACCAAAACGAAAAAGUUUUGCACUCAGUGGUGACAUCAAUAGGCUGGUAGGGCAGUACAAAGACGCGCUGGGCGGCAUUGCGAAGUCCCGGUCAUAGGAAUCUAGAAGGGGUGAGCAGCCCGACGAACUGAUCAAGCCGUGUUGUGCUCUUGAUACACACGCCCAGUUGGGUGCAAAUGCUUACAGCAUUGCGAUUAUAGGGGGCACUGGCUUAUAGGGAGCUAUGCCGCCAGACUCAACCUACUGUACAGUUCGAAAUUGCGGAGAGGAAGGAGAAAACCUAAGGCAGUCCCUUUGCGAGGUAACCAAUUCUUUGCGGACCUCAAAGAGAUCUAUGGUUGUUGGGUGGGGAAACUACUAUAGUUCGUAAGCGUUACAGCAGUCAAGGCAUUAGAAACUUCUAGUAUUAAAACAAUGCACCACAGUGCUAAAUGGGAUCCUCGGAGAAACCACUGAUACCUAUUCAUCUACCUUCAACAAGAGCUAAGGACACGCCACUUGCGGUGAUUUUUACCCACGUAUCUUGUUCAUUACAAUCUGUUAGACAGUACGGGUUUCAAUAGCAUAGAGGCAUAGCUGGAAGUAGAAAUCCUAUUUGUUUUCCGGUAGAAUUUCAUUAAGGUUAUUUCGGAGAUCCCAGUAUUCUUCUUCAACUCCUAAUGGUCCAGCUUUCUUCCUUCUUACCAUCUCGCAAAGUCUCCUUACUCGCAGACGCGAUAAUCUCAUCGGCGAGAUUUUUUGGUUCCAACGCUAGUUUGGAUUUCUGUGGCGUUAUAGCGUCGGUGACGCAUUUGAAUUACAAAUUCCAGCACUGUUCCUUGAGGGCUGUGAUCUCAUUCUAAGGCCGCAAAUAAUAUUGCUUUCUCUAAAUUCCCUGAGGACCACCCUAUUCUGGAUUUUUUUAUUUACAGUGCCUCUUUCACCGUGUCCAAUGCCGAGAAAGAUGGCCUGGCGGUCACUUUUCCUCAGAAGACGGGCAGUUCCAACGUUAACUGAUAUACAAUUUUUCUGGCUUGUAGGCAUGGUAGUUGGAGUAAAAUGAGUUUGAAUCAGUCUUUCCCUCAUAUGUUCCACUAUCAACUUCGGUAAAGUUUUUACAAGGAAAGAGCCAGGCCUGGCUUUGCUAACGAAGGCGCUGUAAGCUGUCUACAUACCAUUGGUGUGCAGUCGAAUGCACUAGUUGCUGUUCCAAUGAGUAGAAGGGAUAGAAGCAUAGUUAUUAUAUAUGAUCCAUGCGUGUGUGUGCGGACUCCUCAACUAUCUCUUUAAUUUAACUCACUCCUUGCUUUUAUUCCAGACUUCCUAGAAAAUGUCGAGCCUGUGCCCUUCUUUUCUCCUCCUCUUCUUAAGUACACCACACACUCGCUUCGUACGGUAUAAUCCUCGUCUAGACCACAUAAUGCAUGUAUGCCAUUUACGUGGCGUAUAGCGCGUCAACCACACCUACGCCCUUCAGCUCCUUCCACAAUAUCCCGAGACGCUCGUACUCCUCCUUUACUAUUCUUCGCCAAGUGCCUUUAGGGCAACCCACUCGUCGGUUAUCUUGCGAGAAUGAAUUCCACUGAUUUCCGCAGCCAGUAAUGUAAUUGUCACUCCUCCUUAAUGUGUGCCUGCCGCAUCCCUCUUCCGAUCACAGUGCAUACGAGUGCCAAGCCUGUGCACAAACCCAGUUUUUCGUUUGAGAUAGUGUCAGGCCAGGAUACCCCGAUGAUACAACAUAGAUAGGAGUUAACGAAGACUUAAAGCUUUUGAGUUCACCUUCCAUGUGCUACUCCACUAUAGCAAAACAAAAAGAGCACCAACACAGCACAGUCUCUAAUUGAUUUUGGGGUUGAGAUAACUUCACUUCCAGAUUUUAGAUAGAGAAGUGAAAGCUGAUCAAGGGCUUUUAAUGCGUCCGGCAACAUCCAAUUCGAUGCCACCAUCGACAAAAACCACACAUCCCAGAUAUACAAAUUGAUCGACGCUUCCGAUGCUCCACCCAUUAAUAUAGGGAGUGUGAUGAGCCGUCAGACUACGAACCUUGGUUUUGUUAAUCUUCAAUCCAAUUCUACUUGCUUCUAUUUCCAAACCUAGAACCAUUUGACCAAGAUCAUGGAUCCGGUGAGACAAACAUAUGUCGUCAACACAAUCGAAGAGUAUGAGGAAAGAUGUCAUUGUCCAUUUAAUUCCUCCACGCCUUACUGACAUGACACCAUGAAGAACGUCACCGAUAACAAAAAGAAAUAAUAUCGGCGACAAGAUGCAAUCCAAGCGGACUCCGCUUUGAAUCUCAAAAUCCUUUGAGAUUUUACCUGGGUGCAGCACGUGACACUUUGGCCAGCAUAUGCCGCUCUGAUAAUAGUUCCUGCGUAGAACACUAUAGAUACACACCCUGUUCACGCUAUCGACGAUUUUCUCAAAAUCGAUGAAGAGUAGAGUCAAUUCUGCUCUCUGUUCCAAAAUGAACCGUUGAGUGUUGAUGUGGUGAAUGCAGGGGUAUCCGGAACGAGAACCAGCCUGCUCACUGUCGAUCACGCUUUCGAGAUGUUCUUUAAUACGUUUCACGAUUAUCUUUGUAACGGCGGGGAACACGCAGAUAUCCCUUUAAUUGUCACACUCAUGCCGAGCCCCCUUCAUUGGAAUCUUAACAAUCAUUCCCUUCUUCCGUUCUCUGAGAAAGGCCUCGGAUUCCCAAGAUUUCCGUACGAGUGGAAGAAGCAGAUCUGCAGUAACUGCAGGUGCAGCUAUAAAUUCGUCUGUGUGAAGACGACGGUUUUAUCCCGUUUGACUGCAUUGAUGGCCGAAAUAAUUUAUAUUCUGCUUGGAAGAGCAGUCCACCACAACCACCGGAUGUGAUACGAGUAAGAAUCCUGAUGAAGUAUUUUUUCCACCUCUUCAGUUGUUCAUCAUCGUGGAUGAGAAGUCAAUCGUUGAUGUCCUCCACAGGAGCGUCGAAAGAUUUGCGCCCACGUGCAAGCUAUUUCGUGAUGCGGUAUACGCUUCUGAAAUCAUUGCGUUCUGUGACAUCUUCCGCUUCCUUCACGAGCGGAAUAACAAAUUCUCUCUUCUCAAGGCAUACACUACGCUGAACUUCUCGCCCUCGUCAUUACUCGCAACGGUCGAUAGAGACUUUAACCCAAUUCUUAUCGAUAUUCUCAGGCGGGUUACUCAGUAUAUCUUGGAUUAUACAAGCGGUCGUUGUUAAACUUACGGAGUCACAGCCACAACCCUGCGAGAAGUAGCGGACGCAAUACGCAAGCGAAGGUAAACGACCAUCAGAUGGUGACCCCUUUCGAGGCGGAAGUCAGCGCUUUUUUUUACGCGCAUCCAACAGACCACUCCUAAAUCUGAUCGCGAGGUGGUCGAUAUGGUUGCUCGUACAGUGUCGGUCAGUUGAAAUUCAACUCACUUUAUGGCAGGAUCUGUGCUCGAACAAUGUGCCAUCAAUGACGAGGUGGUGGAAGUUGCAAAAAUUCACAAACCUCGCAUCAAUAUCGUUACAGUCGUCAAGAUCAUGCUUCCCCAUCACGUGUCCGAGCAAGCUGUUGUCAGGGCCCACAUUCGCAUUCAGAUCAUCCAUCAUAAUCACAAUGUCACCUUUAGGAAGCCUCCCUUGAACUGCCUUUAAUUGCUCGUAGAAAGCAUUGUUCUCCACUAUAUCGGAAGUCAAUUGUGAUGUUCCUUAACUUGAACUGGAAUCUUGCAGUUAGGAGUCUGUCAGAAGGCUCCCAAGUCAAGUUAGUGCGCCUUCCAAUGGCCGUCAGAAGCAAUCCGGUGUCAGAUUGCUUCGACCACUUGGCUUUCCAGGGCACAAAAGCACAUUGCCGCAGGAGGGAGAGGAGUACUCUCCAGAGUCCCACCAUUUUACUUCGCUUAAUCUCACAAUGGCCAGAUAAUAUUGUUGGAAUCGGCGCUCAAGUUGGAGACAGCGAGUAUUCUGAGGACCCUCGCUACUGGUGUCGAAGAUCCUACGCACAUUCCAGAAACCAAUUAUAGUCCGUUUUCGAUUCGGCACGAGGUCAGUCCAUAUUCGAGGGGUUGCUGAUGUUUCGGUAGCAAUAAAGUUUCGAAAUUUGCAGGUUGUUGGCCCGCAAAUUCCUAUCCCUUUUAGUCGCCUUUUACGACAAGCAGCGAAGACUUUGAGUGUAUUCUUAAGCCCCAACGUAAACUUCUUCCCCUGCUAACAUGCUGGUAGAAUCCCUCUACACCGCAUGUUCCGCACAAUUUACAUAUCCAACUUUGUCUUUACUACGAGUGUGAACGCCUUAUUCCUGCAGGGUUCACUUCCGAAGUAUUCUGUGAAUGCAAACUCUGACAGGUUCUUCAAAAAUUGAAGUUGUAUCAAUUGUAACUUUACGGUCUAUCUAUGUUCUGAGUAUACGGCGCUCUUUUGUACAACCUGAAUACAAGAGCAUGUUACACUUCUUGCCAAUAUGCAUAACUACUGGAAUGAAUGGUCCAACUAUGUAUGGGCAGACCCAUGGAGAGAAAAUCCGUACUUUUCUCUAUUACCAAAAUAUAUAUCUAAUUUUAUUAGCUUCUAUUACGGGCCUUCGAGAAAACUCCGGCCCCUUCCAUUGGACCUGAUUCCACUAACUUAAUUUGGUUUGCUAGUCAGUCAACAACUAUGCCACUUUCUUACGAGGUGGCAAUUGUUUUGUGAAGCCUGUUUACAUAUACUAAGAUAUUGUAUAUGGUUUGAACGUCCUUCUUUACUAUCAACAUCUCAAUUUUCAGGUUGUGAUUAUAGUGUUUUGUGAGUUUUCGUAUACAUUUCCUGGAGUAUUGGUUUUGUCGGUUUCCAUGAAGAUGUAUCCCUAAUUUGAGAGCGAUCCUUCAUUAGAUAAAUACUGCCGCACCAUAUUUGAAGUUCAUUUGGUAGAGAGGCAAACAUUUAUUACUUCUCUCCCCUUCUUGUUGCUGUUUAUGCUUCUCUACGCAUUAUGGUAUGCAUCUGCAUCUAAGAUUCUCUGGAACCUAUAAACCUUGCAGUAGACCAUUAGGUUUAUUACCAUUUUGGGUGAUGUAGCUUUAUAAAGAAAAUAGAAAGAUACCUUACUCCUUUCCGUCCCUAGAGAUAAAGCUGUUUAGUACCACUAAAUUUAAGAAAUUGUGAUAAUUUUGGGUUUAGGAAUUAUGAAUGGCCUGGCCUUCAAUGGAGUCCGACUACUCUUCCCUAGGGCCGUCAGAAACAACCGCCAUCGAUUCUUGGAGCUUCUGUUAAAAGCAAAUUUUGGGUCGGCAUGUGAGCUUACGAUUGCGGUAUCACCAGCAAAAGUAGCUACGCUGGUUAGCACGCCAAAGAAGGAUUUCACCUAGAAUCUGGGUUUCAUCGAAUACGAUAUUAGUAGUUUGUGAAAUUCAACUCGAGGGUAGCCACUUGAUUUUGUCUGAUGUCUGCGCCAAAUAUAUAAAUACUACGUUACUUGAAGAGCAGUGUUUAUUUUUGAUACAAUCUGGUGCACUUGCUCCAUUAUUCUGUUUCCUAGAACCGAAUUGAAGAUCUGAUAUCACGUUGCUGUCUGGAAAUAUAGCACAGCUGGCAGCUGUUUCAGUAUGGAAGAAAUGACUAAUUAUACCCUGAAGCUUUUCUGGGGUUUAAUGAUUUUUUCAACUUGUUUUAAAGAUAUUUACAGAUGGCUCAGGUUUAAUUAGUUUAAAUACUUCUUUCAGGUGAGCUACGAAUGCUUUGACUUUGUCUUCUUGACUUCUAGUCAAAUUCCAUGUGGCAGUUCUUAACGGGUAAUUUAUUCAUCGUUUUAACUGGUUUCCACAACGAAUAACUCGGCUCUCGGUCUUAUGUAAGCGUCGAUUAAAACAACUAUGUGGUUUAUUCGAGUUUGAUUCUCGCCAGGGAGUACCUCCUCAUAUUCAUCUUUUAUGGCGCAAAAAAUUUAAGAUUGUCAACAAAUGGUUGAGUUGCUCUAAAAACGGCUUCCAGUAUAAUUGCCAGGUUGUGGAGCAUUGUACUUUGGCAUAUUAAGUACCGAGAUGAGCACGGGAGAAUGGUCUGACAAUAGCUCGUAGGCUCUUUGUGCCAACUCUAAAAACGAUUAGAUCUGCAGUUUCGUAAGUAUCAGUCGGCCAGUAAAUUGGCUGGCCUGCUAAUAUGGGGUCAAGUUUGUUACCUAAGAGUGCCUCAUUUAAUUCUUUGCCUUUAGUUGAGACUAGUCGUGAGAGAGGCGAAGUAUUCGCUACUCCCGGUGGCGAAUCUGAUUUCCAUCGUUGCCUUUCGUUGCAAAUGGGGUUUCAUUGCUAGUUUGGGAUUCCUAAAAGAAAUCUGUAGUAACCCCUUAUCGCAGCAAGGUAUAAAAGUAAUCACAGAAGGAAUGUUAUGUCUUACAUUCGGGAGAAUUUCAUCAAAUAUCUUCUAGAUAGGAGAAAUUCUUAACAGUUUUUAGUUGACUAGUGCUAUCGGAUGUUUGUCUUUCCUUCAUUAAUAUAAAGCCUGUAUGAUCUACUCUAUCCGAAAGAACGCAGCUUAUACAACUUAAGUUGUACUGUCAAAAUAGUUAGCAUAAGCAAGUAGUAGAGUGGGUUUGGACAGUAGUGCCUCUGUAAUUCACUUUAAGUUCACAGAUCACCUUUUCUGGGUCCAAGGAUGAAUGUUAGAACAUCCCCUUGUCUUAUACCACUGUUAAUGGUGAAAGUGAUCCUGCUGCUUUUAUCUUUUUCUUUUACUUGCUCGAAUUAAAAAGGGUUCCCUUUUCAAAGACUAUAGUUGUAGCCUUAUUAUGUUUUAAGUAAGAGAAGAGGUUUACUUUUUUGGCAAAAGGUUUUUCUUUUCGUAGAUAAUGUAUACCGUGAAUCAGUUGUCUUCAUCUUUGAAAAAUCCCUGAAUUGCUCCUAUUUUUACUGUGUCAGUCAGCUCUUCAUUCCCACAAUUCCUUUCGUCUUUCCAGUGGAUCAGUCUCAAGUUAAGAGUGGAAGUGGGUAGGAAACCCGCUCCCCUAUUCCAUGCUAUAUUCAUUCCCAGCAAACUUAAAUAGAUGUAAGACGCUAUACAACUAUUCUAUAAUAGUUUAAAUAGUCCAUUAGUAGAAAGCAAGUAUUUGGCAACAGACAGUGAUUUUUUGUACAGAAAUUUAGAAAUUAUAGACAGUAGCUUUUUCAAAAUUAUUCUAUACAUUACCAUAUUAUUCAUAAGUAGACUUAUUUAUAAAAUACCAUAUUUUUUCGAUCAGCGCACAAACGAUGUAGCAGUCGCACAGGUACAGAGGUUAUUCGAAUCAAUCAAUUGUUACUAUUUAUUGUUAUGUUAACAGCUAAAAUGAUGGAAACCGGAUGUUUUAAAACCAAAUUUGAAAUUUUUCAGCACACCAAUUUUCGAUCAUUUGCAGGAAUAUAAACUGUGAACAAAAUUCAACAAAUUCAGCCUAACGAAAGUAGUAUUUGUUUGAGAGGCUACGUUAUGAGUAUAGACAUUAUUCGCCCAGCUAAAUUACAAUAUAAUGUAUCUUUUAUGAGUUCCUAAGCCGAUACUCAGUUAUUAUUAAAAUAUGUGCAAUAUGUAUGGCUAAUGAUUAAAUUGCAUAGUGUAAAGCUGCAUAUGUUGAUGGUUAACUUUAUUUAUUUUCAAAUAGCUUCUAGAUUCUAUUCAAAAGUAAAACAGUAAUAUAUUCAUCAAAACAUAAAUAAAUUAUCUGUGUAAAACU